GGGGCGGGCGCCAGGGGGCGCGGGGGUCGCCAGGGGUCCCGGAACACCGGGCGCGGCGGGAGCCCGAGGCUGGGACUGCGGCCAGCACCGCCCUGGUCGCAGGGAGCUAGGGAGCAGUUAGAGAUCCUAGAGGUGACGAGGGGGCGGGGCACGGCUGUGGUCCUAGUUCAGGACGCCACGCCUUCCCGUGCCUCACUGCGCACUGCUGCAGGGUCAGGCCAGUCUCCCAAUGUAUCCCCAGUUCCAAAGACUAGCGCACUUUGAACACAAGAUGCCCGCGGCAGCUGGCAGCUGUGUUUCGGCCCUGGCCUGGCAGAGGGCAUCCAAGCGUGUUCUUCUCCUAUGCCCUAUCUGGGACACUGAGGCACAAUGCAGGCACAGAUGAAGCCGAUCCCUCCUAUAAGCCAUCUUCCACUUCUGUCCUGCCUAAACACCCCCUAGGUCCCUUUGGAUACACCCCUGAAUCCUACCUCCAUUCCCCUCCCUUCUUUCCUGGGCCUCACUCCUCUGUGGCCCGGCUCCCAGCUUCUCAUCCAACCACAGCUAUUUCCAGGAAGGAGGGGUGUGGGGGUGGGUGGAGGGGUUUCUCCAAACAAACCCAAGGCUUCAGAGUAAGAGGGGGCCUAGCUGAAGAGAAGCAAAAACAGAUAUGGAAUAUUCCAAGCAGGAGGUGGGAAGUGAGGAUCCGCAGGAUCUGGUGAUGCCAGCUCAGCCUUCCCUGUCUCCGUCCAGAAGUACUCUACUCCCCAUGGGGACACUCAGAGCUGUGGGGCUCUUGACCAGCCAACACAUUGCUUAGGGCACAGUCCCCAUCGCAGUCACCGGCUGGACACUUUUCUAGUCAGGGUGGGCAGUGAAAGUUCAAUGAGGCCAGAGGAUAUUUGGGGACCUUUCCCAGACGAGGCAGCAGGAGGACUACGCAUUAUUGAUACAGAGAGAAAAUACUGGAUGGGAGAGGCCACACUCACCCAGGCACUACAGUGACCCAUCUACCCCCAGCAGGACCGGUGCUGCCCACCUGGCUGUCAGCCUGGAAUGUCCUGGGACACAGCCAGCACUCGGGUAGGGAUCACAGAGCCGGUGGACCUCUCCAGUCACAGGAUGAGCGCCCACACCUUGCCACUCAGGUGCCACCUUCUACCCGGGGCAUACAGAAAGAGACCUCAGAAUGAGGUGUCCCAGGGAGUAGCUAGAGUUGGAGGAGUUGCACUGGGACGUUCAGUAAAUACCAUGCAAAUGAGUAUGACAAGGUUGGACAUUCAAGUGACAGCUACAGCAUUCCAAAGGCUGCUGUCCCAGGCUUGGGCUGAGAACCCCCAGGCCAUUGACCCUUGUUUAAGGAAGAUUGUUCCAUCCUUUCCAAGGCCCCAACCACCUCCUUCCCUUGACUCCAGGGACAGGAAGUUGGCCCAAUUCCCAGGAGGGAAGCAGGAGGCCCUAGAGGGGGUGGAGUAUGUGUUGGGAGGGGGCCUCCUGUCCAAUCUUCAGGCCCAGUGACAGCCACAGAGGAAGGAGAGCCAGGCCCAGAAGAGCCAUGAAGCCUAGGAAAGCAGAACCACACAGCUUCAGGGAGAAGGUUUUCCGGAAGAAAGCGCCAGUGUGUGCAGUGUGUAAAGUCACCGUCGAAGGGACAGGUGUCUCCUGCCGAGUCUGCAAGGUGGCCACACACAGAAAAUGCGAAGCAAAGGUGACUUCAUCCUGUCAGGCCUUGCCCCCUGCGGAGCUGCGGAGAAACACUGCCCCAGUCCGGCGCAUAGAACACCUGGGGUCCACCAAGUCCCUGAACCACUCAAAGCUACGCAGCACCCUACCCAGGAGCUUCAGCCUGGAUCCGCUCAUGGAGCGUCGCUGGGACUUGGACCUCACCUAUGUGACAGAGCGGAUAUUGGCUGCGGCUUUCCCCGCACGGCCGGAUGAGCAGCGACACCGGGUCCACCUGCGCGAGCUGGCCCACGUGCUGCAGUCUAAGCACCGGGACAAGUACCUGCUCUUCAACCUUUCAGAGAAGCGACAUGACCUGACCCGCCUGAACCCUAAGGUGCAGGACUUUGGCUGGCCUGAGCUGCAUGCCCCGCCUCUGGACAAACUGUGUUCCAUCUGCAAGGCCAUGGAGACGUGGCUCAGUGCUGACCCCCAGCACGUGGUCGUGUUGUACUGCAAGGGGAGCAAGGGCAAGCUAGGGGUCAUCGUCUCUGCCUACAUGCAUUACAGCAAGAUCUCGGCAGGGGCAGACCAGGCGCUGGCAACUCUCACCAUGAGGAAAUUCUGUGAGGACAAGGUGGCCACAGAACUGCAGCCCUCCCAGCGCCGCUAUGUCAGCUACUUCAGCGGGCUGCUGUCUGGCUCCAUCAGGAUGAACAGCAGCCCGCUCUUCCUGCAUUAUGUGUUUGUACCCAUGCUGCCAGCCUUUGAACCCAACACAGGCUUCCAGCCCUUCCUCAAGAUCUACCAGUCUAUGCAGCUGGUCUACACAUCUGGAGUAUAUCACAUUGCAGGCCCAGGACCCCAGCAACUUUGCAUCAGCCUAGAGCCAGCUCUCCUCCUCAAAGGCGAUGUCAUGGUAACCUGCUAUCACAAGGGUGGCCAGGGGGCAGACCGGACCCUUGUGUUCCGAGUUCAAUUCCACACGUGUACUGUCCAUGGGUCACGGCUCGCCUUCCCCAGGGACCAGCUGGAUGAGGCCUGGGCCGAUGAGCGGUUCCCCUUCCAAGCCUCAGUGGAGUUUGUCUUCUCCUCCAGUCCUGAGAAGAUCAAAGGCAACACCCCACGGAAUGAUCCCUCUGUCUCUGUGGAUUAUAACACAACGGAGCCUGCUGUACGCUGGGACUCCUAUGAGAACUUCAACCAGAACCAUGAGGACAGUGUGGAUGGCUCCUUGGCCCACACGAGGGGCCCCCUGGAUGGCAGUCCUUAUGCCCAGGUGCAGCGGGUCCCCCGUCAGACUCCACCGGCACCUUCUCCAGAGCUUCCCCCGCCCCCCAUGCUCUCUGUCAGCAGCGACUCCGGCCACUCGUCCACACUCACCACAGAACCCACAGCAGAAUCCCCUGGCAGACCACCCCCAACCGCUGCUGAACGUCAGGAGCUGGAUCGUCUGCUGGGAGGCUGUGGAGUGGCCAGUGGGGGCCGUGGAUCUGGGCGUGAGACAGCUAUCCUAGAUGAUGAAGAGCAGCCCUCUGUGGGUGGGGGCCUGCACCUUGGGAUGUAUCCAAGUCACAGGCCUGGCCUCAGCCGCCACUGCUCCUGCCGGCAGGGCUACCGGGAGCCCUGUGCAGUCCCCAAUGGGGGUUACUACCGGCCGGAGGGAACCCUGGAGAGACGACGGCCCUAUGGAGGCUAUGAGGGACACCCCCAGGGCUACACGGAAAGCUCUAUGGAGAAGAGGCGCCUCUGCAGGUCACUGUCAGAAGGGCCAUACCCCUACGCAUCUGAGCUAGGGAAACCAGCCAGUGGAGACUUUGGCUACCGCUCAGCAGGUUACCGGGAGGUGGUGAUCCUGGAGGACCCUGCGGUGCCUGCCUUAUGCUCAUGCCCAGCCUGUGAGGAGAAGCUGGCCCUGCCCACAGCAGCCCUGUAUGGACUGCGACUAGAGAGGGAGGCUGGAGAGGGGUGGGCCAGCGAAGCAGGCAAGCCUCUCCUGCAUCCAGUGAGGCCCGGACACCCAUUGCCUCUGCUGGUGCCUGCCUGUGGGCAUCACCAUGCCCCCAUGCCUGACUAUAGCUGCCUGAAGCCACCCAAGGUGGGCGAGGAAGGGCAUGAGGGCUGCUCUUAUGCCAUAUGCCCUGAAGGCAGGUAUGGGCAUCCGGGGUACCCUGCCCUGGUAACCUAUGGCUAUGGAGGAGCAGUUCCCAGUUACUGCCCAGCAUAUGGCCGGGUACCUCACAGUUGUGGAUCCCCAGGUGAGAGCAGAGGGUACCCUAGCCCUGGUGCUCACUCACCACGGGCUGGUUCUGUGUCCCCGGGGAGUCCACCCUACCUGCAAUCCAGGAAGCUGGGUUAUGAGAUUCCUGCAGAGGAUGGAAGGGACAAGUACCCACUGCCUGGGCACCUGGCCUCCACAGGAGGACCCUUGGCAUCUACAGAGUCACCUGAGCUGUCCUGGAGGGAUGGCUCCACUGGGCACAGCACGCUGCCUCGGUCUCCCCAGUGCACUGCCUCUUCAGAGCUGUCUGGUCCCUCCACGCCCCUGCACACCAGCAGCCCAGUCCAGGGCAAAGAAAGCACCCGACAGCAAGACACCAGGUCUUCCUCCUUGGCACCAACUAAGAGACUGGGUCCUGGCGAGGCCUUGCCCCCAGUUGUACAGGGAGGCACGGAAAAGGCUCCUGAGCUGCUGGCUAGCAGCAAGCCUGAGCCACCAGACCUUAGCCCUUUCUCCCAGACCUCCCCACCUAGCUCACCCAAUGGCUGGCCUCAGGAAAGGAGCCCAGGGAGUCAUCCCAACAGUGCCAGUCCUCGGGGCCCCGUGCCAACCACCCUACCUGGACUCCACCAUGCUCCCUGGCGGGGGCCCCCAGACAGCCCCGAUGGCUCCCCCCUUACUCCUGUGCCUACCCAAAUGCCCUGGCUUGUGGCCAGCCCAGAACCACCCCAGAGCUCACCCACCCCUGCCUUCCCAUUGGCUGCCUCCUAUGAUGCCAGUGGGCCCACUCAACCACCACUGCCUGAGAAACAACAUCUGCCUGGUUCGGGGCAACAGCCAUCACCACCAGCCAGAGGCGCCAAUCAACACGUCACCUUUGCACCUCCUCUCCCAGAUGUCACUCAGCCCCCAGAGCACCCUUUACAAGAGAACCAAACCAAUGUCAAGUUCGUCCAGGACACAUCCAAGUUCUGGUACAAGCCGCACCUGUCCCGUGACCAAGCCAUCGCCCUGCUCAAAGACAAAGACCCUGGGGCUUUCCUGAUCAGGGACAGCCAUUCAUUCCAAGGAGCCUAUGGACUAGCCCUCAAGGUGGCUACACCCCCACCCAGCGCCCAGCCCUGGAAAGGGGACCCCUCAGAGCAACUGGUUCGCCAUUUUCUCAUUGAGACUGGGCCCAAAGGAGUGAAGAUCAAGGGUUGUCCUACUGAGCCCUAUUUUGGCAGCCUCUCUGCCCUGGUCUCUCAACACUCCAUCUCCCCCAUCUCCCUGCCCUGCUGUCUGCGAAUCCCCAGCAAAGAUCCUCUGGAAAAAGCCCCAGAGGCCCCAGUGCCUACGAACAUGAGCACAGCAGCAGACCUCCUGCGGCAGGGAGCAGCCUGCAGUGUGCUCUACCUGACCUCCGUGGAGACAGAAUCACUGACUGGUCCUCAAGCUGUGGCCAAGGCCAGCUCUGCAGCUCUGAGCUGCAGCCCCAACCCAGUACCAGCCAUUGUCCACUUCAAGGUCUCAGCUCAAGGCAUCACACUGACAGACAACCAGAGAAAGCUCUUCUUUCGCCGCCAUUACCCUGUGAACAGCAUCACCUUCUCCAGUACUGACCCCCAGGACCGCAGAUGGACCAACCCCGAUGGAACCACCUCCAAGAUCUUUGGUUUUGUGGCCAAGAAGCCAGGAAGUCCCUGGGAAAAUGUGUGUCACCUCUUUGCGGAGCUUGACCCAGACCAACCAGCAAGUGCCAUAGUCACCUUCAUCACCAAAGUCCUGCUGGGCCAGAGAAAAUGAAGGAAGCUGAAAGCUCGGAGCCCACAUCAGCACUGCACUCUCCCAGCACCCACAGCUCUCACUGCCCUGGCCUGGACCCAGGCCCUAGGAGCCGGUGCCACCCUAUCCAAGUGUAAGUGGCACCAGCCUGGGCCACUGUCCUUUUCUGCCCUUGCCUGCUGAGCUAAGUGAGUGGGCCUAUGAGAUGACCUGGCAUGUGAGCAGAUGGCAGAGGCAGGUGUGAUGGGUGAAGAGGUAGCAAUAGUGGAGGCCUGGUGGGGAAUGACCCUGCCAGCUCCACCCAGCUGCAGGUCCCAUCAUGGAGGGAGGGAGAGAAGCGUGGGAACUUUCUGCCUCCCCUCUGAACAGAGACCAGAGUGGGAUCAAAUAAAUAGAGGAAAAAAGAGAGUCUAUUUUUGUGUAAUAAUAAAG